AAAUGCUGAAAUCGCAGCGUUUCGACUCGCCGAGCAGCACCCACUGACCCGUCCCGCCCAGAGCCGCCCCCGGCCGUGGCACCCCCUUCUUGGUGACCCCCUGCCCGGCACCUCGGUGAUCCCGGUGCCAUGAGGGCUCUCAGCCUGGGCCUGGUGGCCCUGACCUGUGUCACCACGGUCCUGUGGGUGGCCGGAGCCCAGCGCCGGGCGCCCGAGGGGGUCGUUCCGCGGCGCUACCACCGGGUGCAGCACGGCCACUGCAGCUACACCUUCGUGCUGCCCGAGGCUGACCCGCCGCCCUGCCCGCUCGCCCCCCUCGCCCCCGGAUCCGCCAACGCCUUGUUCCAGCGGGAUUCACCGGCUGCCGGUGCCGGGCACGCCGGGCACGGGGCUGCCCAGCGCCUGCGGCAGCUCGAGAGGAUCCUGGAGAACAGCACCCAGUGGCUGCUGAAGCUGGAGAGCUACAUCCAGACGGGCAUGAAGCCGGAGAUGGCGGAGCUGCAGCAGACAGCAGUGCAGAACCAGACAGCCACCAUGCUGGAGAUCGGCAGCAGCCUCCUCAACCAGAGCGCCGAGCAGAGCCGCAAGCUCACUGAUGUGGAGGCCCAAGUGCUGAACCAGACGUUGCGCAUCGAGAUGCAGCUGCAGGAGAACUCCCUGUCCACCACCAAGCUGGAGAAGCAGCUGCUGCUGCAGACGAAUGAGAUCCACAAGCUGCAGAACAGGAACAACAUCCUGGAGACACGGGUGCUGGAGAUGGAGACAAAGCACCAGGCAGAGCUGGCAGGGGCCCGCUCGGAGAAGGAGAAGCUACAACAGCUGGUGAGCCGGCAGAGCAGCACCAUCCAGGAGCUGGAGAAGUCACUGGUGGCCACCAGCACCAACGCCAGCCUGCUCCAGCGCCAGCAGCUCCAGCUCCUGGAGUCGGUGCAGAGCCUGGUGCGCCUCGUCUCUCAGGGCAGAGCCCCACUGCUCAGGCAGGAGCAGCAAUUCCAGGACUGUGCCGAGGUGCGCCGAGCAGGCAUCCGUGCCAGCGGGGUCUACACCCUCCACAUCACCAACCUCAGUGAGCCCAAAAAGGCAUUCUGUGACAUGGAGACAGACCGAGGAGGCUGGACAAUCAUCCAGCUCCGCACCAACGGCAGCCUCAGCUUCCAGAAGGGCUGGAAGGAGUACAAACAGGGCUUCGGAGAUGCAGCAGGCGAGUACUGGCUGGGUAACGAGGCCGUGCACCUCCUGACCAGCCAGGCACCCUAUGCCCUGCGCAUCGAGCUGUGGGACUGGGAGGGAGGCCAGGUCUAUGCCCACUAUGGGAAAUUCCAGCUGGGAAGCGAGCGGCAGCUUUACAGGCUCUCUCUGCAGGACUACAGCGGCACGGCCGGGCAGCAGAGCGGCUUGGCGCUGCAGGGCACCCGCUUCAGCACCCGCGACGCCGACAACGACAACUGCCUCUGCAAGUGUGCCCAGAUGCUGUCAGGAGGCUGGUGGUUCGAUGCCUGCGGGCUUUCCAACCUCAACGGCAUCUACUACCCGGCCCGGCACAACAUCCGCAAGCUCAACGGCAUCCGCUGGCACCACUUCCAGGGGCCCAGCUACUCCCUGAAGGGCACCCGCAUGCUGAUACGACCUGCCAGCUUCUAGUGCAGCACCGCACACCGUGCCAGCCUGGCACCGAGGGAGGGGGCCGGGGGAAGGGAUGGCUGGGGGACACUGAGCCCUCCCUGCCGCUGCAGGAGAUGUUUUUCCCCAGUUGCUUUUUCACUCUUGUUUAUCCCCUCCUCCAGAAUCCUGCACGGCUCUGGGCCUCCAGCUCCCCAUCUCGCCUCCUUCACUCGGGAAUGGGGGCCAAGACCCCCCUGGUAUCUUCCAGGGCUUUGGGGAUUUGUCUUUUCUAGAUAAUUUUGGGCAUUGCAAAGCUGCACUGUCCCACUUACCCCAUGGGAUUAGGGGGGGCUGGCAGGGAUGGGGGUCCCCAUGCAGCAAAGGGCGUGGGGCUGGUGACAUCCUGCCUUCCCAUCCUGCCUGGGUACAGCCACACAUGGGCACACGGGCUGUCCCCUCCCCUGUGCAUGGCCUGAGCUCCUGUCCCCAUGCAAGGGCACUGCUCCUUACAGGAUGGGGCUGGGUGUCUCCAGCCCCCGGGGUGAGUAGGGGGGAGCAGGGGGAGCU